GAGAAGAGUGCAGGGGAGUGGAGAGACGCUGGGAGAGGACUCUCACACACUCACACACUCAUCACACACUCCCCACGCACACACGCAACACACACUCCGAGGGAAGAGACGCACAAAGCUCCGCAGCUCCGCGCUGACAUUCUGCGCUCUUUUCUCUUCUCUCUCGGCUCCAGAGGAAGGAAAAAGUUUUCACGCAGAGAGGAGAGGACACGCGGAAGACGCACAGCCUCUGCCUCGGUGCUGGUUCCGCUGCGUCCUGGAAGUUGAAGGUUCCGCCGGUCUGCGCGCUGCGCUGCUCCUGCGGGAUCUCAUUCUGUGGGAUUCCUUGUUUCUCUCUGCUGUGCGCCAAGCGACGGGCUGUUGUUGUGUUUGGUGAAAACUGAAGAGCACGAAGAGGAAUACAGGAAAGGAAGAGGAUCCGGACCAGGGCGCGCCAAAAGGGGCCAAACACUCAGCAGGCAUGGCGGCGGUGUUGCCCAGAACCCUGGGUGAGCUGCAGCUCUACAGGAUCCUGCAGCGCGCUAACCUCCUCUACUACUACGAGGCUUUCAUCCAGCAGGGCGGCGACGACGUGCAGCAGCUCUGCGAGGCCGGUGAGGAGGAGUUCCUAGAGAUCAUGGCUCUGGUGGGGAUGGCCAGCAAGCCGCUGCAUGUGCGGCGCCUGCAGAAGGCGCUGCGGGACUGGGUCACCAACCCGGCCAUCUUCAACCAGCCGCUCACCUCGCUGCCCGUCUGCAGCAUCCCCGUCUACAAGCUGCCCGAGGGUUCCCCCACGCUGCUCAGCGCCCAGGACCGCUCCAACACCGCCAGCGUGAAGAUCCCCAAAGCCAUCGCUGCCGCCUGCUCCGACCCGGGGAAGCUGGACGUGGCGAGAGAGAAAGUUUCCACCGGGUCGCCCCUGCAGGGGAGCAGCGAGGUGCGGUUCUGGUCGGGCCACAGCAACGACAGCGAGCACAGCCUGUCUCCGUCGGAUCUGGGCUCGCCAUCGUCCCCCAGAGACGCCAUGGAGGCCCUGGACGCGGCGGCGGUGCAGUCGGUCCUGGAGUGCGUGGACAGGAUGGCGCCUGGACUUCCUAAGACGGACCCGGCGGACGUCAAAGAGCAGCUGAAGAACAACAAGAAGCUGGCCAAGAUGAUCGGACACAUCUUUGAGAUGAGCGACGACGACCCGCGGAGGGAGGACGAGAUCCGGAAGUACAGCGCCAUCUACGGGCGCUUCGACUCCAAGCGGAGGGACGGAAAACACCUGACGCUGCACGAGCUGACGGUGAACGAGGCGGCGGCUCAGCUCUGCAUGAGGGACACGGCUCUGCUGACGCGCCGCGACGAGCUGUUCGGACUCGCCCGGCAGAUCUCCAGAGAGGUCACCUACAAAUACACCUACCGCACCAGCAAAUCUCGGUGUGGAGACAGAGACGAACCGUCGCCUAAAAGGAUCAAAACCGAGGAGAACUUCUUCGACAUCCAGGAGGCGCUGCAGGCCAUCCACAUGAGGCAGGAGAUGCUGAGGGAGCAGCUGGCCUGCGCCAAGUCCAAAGGAGAGGAGACGGUCGGACGCAACCUGCAGAUGCAGCUGGAGCGCCUGCUGGCGAGGCAGAUGGAGAUCCUGCAGGACGCCGCCGUCCAGGAGCGGCUGCAGGCUCUGGACUGGAGGAUCCCGCCCGCUGCGCUCAAGUACCUCAACGACCACCAGAGCACCAACGGAGCCGCCGGCGCCGCCGACCUCAGCCGGGACAGCCAUGAUGAUCGACCAAUCAACCUGCGGGUGGUCAGUCAGAACAUGCAGGAAGGAGACCUCCCAUUGGGCAAGCAGCUAGCCAAUGAGCUGAAGCGCCAUCACAACCACAACCACAACAACAACAACCACAACAGCAGCAGCAGCACAGACGAGGCCAAAACACCAGCAACAGAAAACGGGACGUCACAGCGAGCGUCCGGCAACGCCGAGAAGAAAAUCAUCAAAUCAGAGCCAGAAGACUCCACAUAGUGCCUCCCGCCUCUCCAUCAACCCACCCUCUUCAUUCUACUCGACAGUAUGCAGUAAUCACCCAUCUAUAGAUACUAAGCAAGCACAGCCACAGCAGAGCCUUAACAACCAACGUUGCCUCAUGAAUAGCAUUUAUUUUAAUUUGUCUUUGUUUUUAAAAGUAUUUGCCAAAGCACCUGGAGAGCACAUCAGGAAGCCCCUCGGUGCUCUUUGUGUUUUCUUUGGAUGUUGAUGUGAGUUAAACUCGGUACCUCUGCUUUCUGUGCCAGGGCCUGAAUCUUAACUCCACUUCUACUGUGGAGGCCGAAGCAUCGGUUGGUGUUGAUGCAGUUAGCAAUUUCUGUUUUUAAACAAUCGUGUCGCAAACAUGAUCGGCUUGCUAAAUCCACACUGUUGUUGCGCUCAUUCAGGGCAAAGGUCACGAAAUCAGUCUUGGGAGUGAACUGCAAACAUUUUACCAGGCAGUUAUGGUUUAGUUUCUAGUGCAAAUAUCUGAGUACACUUGAAAUAAGACCAAAUUAACUUAAGCAGCUUGUUGUAAGUGAAUAAUCCUUAAGAUUGAUGGGAAAAUACUGGAUCCGCUGGCAGAAAUGUUUUGAGUUAAAUGAUAUAAUCUGGAACUGGAACUUAAACUUUUUCAUUAAUAUUUAGGAAAUAUUCACUUGAAACAAUUUGCUAAAAUUUAAUGAAAAGUUACUUGUAACUUUGUUAGUUUUGUCUUAUUUCAAGUGUGCUAAAUAUGACUUCAAGUUUAAAUACGACUUCAACAACUAAGUUGAUUAAUGAGCUCUGUCCUGAUUAACUAAAUUAAAUUAAACUAUUUAUUUUUUCUGUAACUUUAUAGCUGUGAAUACUCUUGUAAUGUACUUCUUUAAGACAAUAGUCACAUAAAGCAGUAUACUUUUACUACCAAACUGCACACAGUAACUAUUUAUUCAUAUUUUCAAAUUUAUUGAUAUUUAUUGAUGCUCUCAUUGAACAAACUGGAGAAAAUAAUUAACUUAACUAUCUUGGGAGAUUUUAAACCUCAUUAAUUUGACUUUAUUGUGACAAAUGAUGCCUGGUACUAAGAUAUGUGCACUAGAAACUAAUAAUAGUAGGUAAUAUUUAUUUUUUGUUUUUGCGGUUUGAAUCAUGAACACAUCUGUAAUGGAUUUGAUAACUUUAGUUUCCAUCCAGGUGUUUGCUGUAGAGGGUGGCGGGACAGAGGAUGAAGUAAGGAGGCUGAGUUAAGGUGCAGCCCGGCGGCAGGUUGUCAGUUUUUAACGUUUCCUUCAGACGAGGCGGGACUGACCGCUGCUGCCUCGUGUGUAUUUAUGGCAGGUAAUUUAUGAAGAGGAUGUACAGGAGCUGUUGUGGAUCAGCAGCAGCGAACGUUUCACGUUGUAAUUUAGAAAAACACUGCUGUCAGAGGAGAAACCUUCAGGAAUGAACUCCUGCCUGUUUCUGAGGAUGCAGAAAAACAAGCCAAGAUCGCAGGUUUGGGGGAUUUUGUUGCAGCGGCUGCAAGAUAUAAAAAAAAAAGAAUAAAAAGAAAUAAAAAAGCUUAUUGCUGUUGUUGAAGCAUCAGUUUGUAAAUAUAACAAAUAGCCUAAUCUGUCAGCCAGGGUUUUCUCUGUCCAGUGUAACUUUGCUGUAGAUUUUUGGUGUCACAGUGUUCAUGUACGUAGAGCUACAACAGAAAAAAAAGAAAUCUUAAUUGUCACUAAGGAAAAAAUGGUGUCUGGUAUAUAAGAACCUGCUUUUAGCCUUAGCUCUAACAGUGUUUUCUGGCCAUGUGUGCAGAUUUCCAACGUGUUGUUGAUGUUUAGACGUAGAAACAUGACGGCUCAGUGUUCUCUCUGUGUAAAUACAUCUGUUUCACCCCCUGCACAUAGUUUAGUCUCGCUCAGAGAUCAAUGCAAUAUUUAUGUAAGUAAUAAGUCUAUUUGCAUCCUAAUGCGUUUUUUGUCAUGUGCUCAGUAACUGUGUCUGUCACCAGGGUGGGACCUUCUGGGAAACGUUUCGUCUGUCUGUAUUUCUGCAGGUUAGCGAUGGCAGGACGCUCGCAUGUCGUCUCACUGAUCACUGUUUCUGUUAAAGUGAUAGAUUAGGCUUUCACCCAGUUAUGCACCUGUUUUUUAAACACUAAUAUAUUUUAUUUGUUAUACAGCACAUAAACAUUAAACUUUAUUUUUUGAACUCUA